CGGCCUGACAAUGGCCUCAUCACGACGCGCACCGCCAGCGGACAGUUACGAUAAGUAUCCAGGGGAAGGUACACGCGCGCGCGAGGUGAGUUGUUCGGUUUCUCAAUUGCCUUUAGCCCAACGCACCCUCGUCCUUCGCUCCUGCAACCCUGUCAUCCGCUGCGCGCCCGUUGCGCACGCCAAACGAAAGCACCAAAGCCCGCCGGCGUGUCAAUCGGCGCUCACCCUGGACCUGGACGACCCUUGGCUUCGUCUGCAUGCACAACGUUGCUGCUCUAUCUGCGUCUACUGCCAGACCUGAUCGCCUCUCCGUCCGUUACAACUCGGGACUCUCGGCAUGGUACGCAACCCUUUUUCUCCGACUCGUCCGCUGCUCCACUGCCGGCCCCUGUCGCUUCGAGCCUCAGUGCCGCCAUCAUCCAUGUUCCCUUGCAUUGUUCAGACUGUCGCUCGCCGAAGCUUUGGAAGCACAACGCAAAAUGAUCUUUUAUCUCUGCUUCACGCCCCGCCUUCACCAUGCCAGUACGCACAGCAGAAAGCGCACAACGCAUCUUCUGUGCAUCCAGGCUUUUCCUGGAUUGUCCAUGGCACUUCAUUACCGUUGUCGCCACAUUUGAUCAGCACCCAAAAGAAUGUCAAGCUUUGAUGAACAGCUUGUGGAGAACCUCCCCCGCCGUACCCCUCCGAGACACACUUGCAGGCUGACAGCUCCCAUCACAUCUCUUCGUCUUCCCUGCCCUUGUCGCCGUGGGCUUGCCGACCCGUGAAUCAAGCAUCCAAUGCCGGCCAGCAGGCUCUUCCGCCA